AUGAUACAUACUGAUGAAUCUGAAAACGAACAGGAAGUAAAUUACAAUAAUAUAUUAUAUGAUGACAAUAUAGGAGACGGAAUAGAAUACUAUAAUGAUAAUUUACCACAUAUUAAUUUUUAUUUAAAAUUUCAAAAAAAACAUUUUUUACAAAAUUUUUUUAAUGAAAUAGAAAAAGAAAAAGGUAAAAAGUGUAUAGAAAAAGGUAAAGAAGAAAAAAUAUGUGAAGACAAAGAAUCCGAUGAUAAGAUAAAAGAAAAAGAUAAGAAUAUAAAAAUAAAUGAAUUAAAUGUAUUAAAUGAAGGUGGUUUUUAUAUAGAUGAUAUUCCAGAAGAAUGUUCAGAUAAUUCUACAGAAAAUUUUUAUGAAAAUCCUUUUAUUUCACUUUCAGAAAAUAUUUUUCAUUUAGAUGAAAAUGAAGAACAAACAAAAAAAAUAAAUUUAAUUUUUCAAAAUCAUAAAAAUAAGUUUACCUUUAGUAUAGAACGUAUUUUAGAAAAUGAUGAAACGUCUGAACAAAAAUGUUUUUUAUGUUAUAAAAAAAAAAAAUUUAAUAAAAUAUUAGUAAAUAUUAAAAUAUAUGUAUGCAAUGAAUGUAAAAGUAUAGAUAGUAAUUUUCGAAUGAUUUCUUUAAGUAAAUUAAUAAAUAAAUAUUGUUUAAAUAAUUAUGAUUUAUUAAAAUAUGAAAAGCAAUUGGCUUUAUUUUCAACAAAAAAUCCACGUGGUUAUCUUAAACAAAUGAAGUUAUAUUUUUUGUUUCAAAUUAAGGAAAUAGCAAUAAGAAAAUAUGGAUCUUUAGAAAAAGUAAAAAAUUUAUAUAAUUCAAAAAUUUUAAAUAUAAGGAAUAAAAAAGUUAUAAAAAAAAAUAUUCACAAAUUAAAAAAACCUAAAAAUAUUUAUAGUAAAGAAAUGAUGAAUAUGAAUAAAUAUAAAAUUAUAUGUGAUAAUAAUGAACAUGAUUUUGAUCCACCUUAUUGUAUUAAUCAGAACGAUAAUAUAUAUAAAAAAAAUUGUAAAAAAUGCAGUUAUUAUGUAGAAUAUAUGCAAUUUUAA